AUGGCUUCUACUACAUUAAGAGUUGCUUAUGUUCCAGAACAUUUCUCAACUCCAUUAUUUUUAGCUGAAAAACAAGGCUAUUAUUUAAAUGCUAAUUUAAAAAUUGAAUUUACUCCAGUUAAAGAAGGAAGUGGUAAAUUAAUUCAAUUAUUAAAUUCAAAUGAAAUUGAUAUUGCAAUUGGUUUAACUGAAGCUUUUAUUGCUAAUAUAGGUCAAGGUAAUGAUAAAAUUAAACUUUUAGAUACUUAUGUAUUAUCUCCUUUAUUAUGGGCAAUAAGUACUGGUUAUAAUAGAGAUGAAUUGAAAUCAGCUUCUGAUCUAAAUGAAGCAAGUAAUGUUGGUAUUUCAAGAUAUGGUUCUGGUUCAUAUAUAAUGAGUUUUGUAUUAGCUCAAGAACAAUUAAAAUUACAAUCUGGUUUUUCUAAUUUUAAUGAAUUAUCAAAUUUUUUAAAUUUAAGAAAUGCAGUUAAUUCAAAAGAUGCUGAUUUUUUCAUGUGGGAAUAUUUCACAUCAAAGAAAUAUUAUGAUAAUAAAGAAAUUAAAAAGAUUGGUGAAAUUUAUACUCCUUGGCCAUCUUGGGUAAUUACAAGUACUUCAAAAAUAUACAAUGAAGAUAAAGAAAGUUUGAAAAAAUUUAUAAAUGCAGUUUUUAAAGGUAUUAAUUAUUUUAAUGAGCAUAAAGAAGAAUCAAUUGAAUAUAUUUAUAAUAAUUUUGAUUAUUCAAAAGAAGAUGCUCAAGAAUGGAUUAAAACUGUUAAAUUUAAUUAUAAAUUAGGUAGUGAAGGCUCUUUAAAUUAUAAAGAGAUUGUUGAAAAUACUUCAGAUAUUUUAAAAAUUGCUGGUGUUUUGAAAGACAGUGAUGAAGUUAUUGAAUCAAGAUUACGAGCGCAUGUAAUUUCAAAUUGA